CAACGUUGUUUCAGGAGAGGUAGUGCGACACAGUGUCUACAACGUAGAAAUAUAUUCAUACAUUUAAACAUGACAGAAGGUAAACCAUCAAAGAAAUCAGCGAAAAGCCUUCUUGCUCUUAAUCCAAAAGAAGAUGCAGAGUUUCAGAAGAAGGUGCAGCAAGUGAAGAAACGUCCUAACACGGCUCAGUCUCUUACUCCUGGAGUGAUCUAUGUUGGUCAUCUUCCUCGAGGAUUGUUGGAGCCUCAGUUGAAAGGUUACUUUCAGCAGUUUGGGAAAGUCUUACGACUGAGAAUUUCCAGGAGUAAAAAGACUGGAGGGAGCAAAGGCUAUGGUUUCGUGGAGUUUGAGUGUGAUGAGGUGGCAAAGAUUGUGGCUGAGACCAUGGACAACUACCUUAUGGGAGAAAGGCUCAUAAAGUGUCAUGUGAUGCCACCAGAGAAAGUCCAUGAAAAGCUCUUUGAUGGUUCCCAGAGGGGCUUUAAAAGGCCAAGGCAGCCCGCCGUGGCUCGGUAUAACAAGGAACAUGCACCAAAGGAUGUGGAAAAAAUGACAGCAAAACUUUUAAGCAAAGAGGCUAAGCUGCGCAAAAGACUGGCAGAAAAGGGCAUCGACUAUGAUUUUCCUGGAUUUUCAGCGCAAGUUCCUGCCAAGAAGGUCCAAUCACAAGCAGAUGUUUCAUUAUGCAGAGAGGAUGUUACUCCAGUGUGCACCCCAUCAAUGUUGGAGAGGAGGAAAUCCAUCAGAGCUGAUGAUGAUGAUGUUGAUGAAGAGAUCAUCAUUAAGGUCAAAUCAGUCCCAGAAAACAGCGGGGAUGUUGAAGAAAGUGAGGAAGACACAGAAGAAGAGGGUGAUGUUGUUGAUGAUGAUGAUGAUGAUGAAGAGGAGGAGGAGGAGGAGGGUGAAGAACAUGCAGCUUAAAAGGCAAAUCUAAUGAAAAUUAAGACUUCAAUCCCUGUUUUAAGAGGGACAAUGGACUCACUGUUUUCAGAGCCAUUUAUAUGUGACUAGUCCUCCAUUAUGGCCAGAGAAGAGAUGAACACAGUAUCCUGAUUGUCAUUUUUGUAUGAUUGGUGGAACUGCACGUUCAUGUAAUGUGGUGAUUUGAGGUGCGUUUAUACAGACCAUGGAUUGGUGGCCUUUAAUGGAUACAUUUUGGUCUCCCAGAGGUUACUACAAAAUAUUAUUGACUGUAAUACACAUAUUUGGUGUGUCUCUUAUUUGAAAGUAGAAUUUUACUAUAAAUAUGUUGUAUUUGCAAUAUUUGAAAUGUUGGUAUGUGAUUAAGUCAAGCUUUUCAGAACUUAUUAAAUAUUGGUGAACUGUGCUUAAACCAUAAUCGGAAAAUGCAUCAAAUAAAGU